AUGUGGCGCACAGGGGGCAGCCGGAAAAGAAAAUCAUGGCGGCCUCCAGCGUGCGCGCCUGGGGAGGGCGACCCUCACGACGGCGACCGCGGCAACCGCGCCAGCGCGCCUCCGCCCGCGGGACCGCACGGUGACCCAGAAGAGCAGUGCUGCUGCCUCCCCCCGCGUGCCUGCUGGGAUGGUUCCGCUUGCGGCGUGUGCCCGGGCGCGCUGACGGUCUGGCGUUCGGCGAGAGGGCCCAGGGGAGACAUGCUGCUGCUCGGCCUCCUGGAGUGCCCGCGCUUGACGGCGCUGGUCCUGCACGGCCUCGGCAUUGAGCUCGGCGAGGCCGUGCCCAUGGCGCAGAGUGGCAGCAGAGUUGUGGAGUCGCUUCGCUGCGCCGUGCGGGGGGCAACUCGAUGGGGGGCGUGGUCGCCAGCGGCGGCCUGGAUUCUCUGCCCUUGGCUCGAGGCCGUCGCGUCGCUGCUGUCGCUCGCCCCAGACUCGCUCUGGUGGGUGGUCGCCUUCGUCAACGCUGGCGCGCUGAGCCUCUGGGCCGACUGGGCCCUCCUCCGGAGGAUUUUGGUCAGGCGGCCGUUCCCGUGGUCUGAGGUUCCAGAGCUGCUGGCGAGCAUCGUCCUCGUCGGGCUCGUCGUCAUCGGCAUCGCGCUGGUGCUCGCCGCCGACGCGCUCGGCGUGCCCGCGGGAAGUCACCUGGCCGGCGCCCUGCUGCGGAUCGCGUGCGCCAGGCACGCGCUGCGGGGUUGCACGCUGCCAGCGAGGCUGCUCGUGGAGGCGGCCCAGCGGGACGGUGGCUGGCAGCGCGCGGGUCUCCGCGCCGCGGCGGGCUGCGCGUGCGCGCUGUCCCUCGCCCUGUGCUCGCUCUCCAGUAACCUGCGGUUCGACCUCUGCACCAUUCUGCUGAUGCUCGGGCCAGGUGCGCUGUGGUGGACGAAGCUCAGCGAGUCUGUGCUCUCGGAUGUCGGCGCCUACGUGCAGCCGAUGAAGAUCGACCGCGCGCGCCUCCUGGAUUCCUCCGUCGAGGCCCUGUCAUCCCUGCCGCCGGCGGAGCUGCGGCGCGGCAUCCCGGCCGUAGCCUUUGUCGAUUCGGGGAGGGCUUCGCGCAGGAGGUCGCCCGAGCUUGCGGAGGACGGGAUCGACGCCGGCGGUAUGGGGAGAGACUGGCUGAACAGAUUCAUCGUCGAGGCCUUCGACCCUGCGAACGGCCUCGUGGACACGGCGACCGUGAACGGCAGGGCGUAUGCCAGGUUGAAGAAGGGCGCCAGCGUUGCGAGGCUGGAAGCGGUCGGCAAGGCCGUGGGCCUGGCACUGCGUGCCGGGCAGCCCUUGGGCGUCGACCUCUGCGCGCCACUCGCGCACCUGCUCGCACACCGGCGCCUGCCGCAGGCGCUGGAGUCGGUGCACGCGGGGCUCGGAGGCGCGGCCGCUCCAGGGCCGCCCGGCGGCGCCCCGCCUUCGGGCAGGCGCUCGGCUGGCUGGGAGCGCCUACAGCUGCGGCUCGCGGCUAGGGGGCGAGCGGUGAGGCGGCUGAAGGCGGCCGCCGAGCAGGUACUCCUCGGCUUCUCGCGGGAGUGGCUGAUCUGGGCGAGCCCGGAGGAGCACGCGUACUGGAGCCGCUGCCUGUCCGAGGACCUGCCGGCGUCGGACAGGGCGGGCCUCGUGGAGGCAGCGGGGGCCGUGACCGUGGACGACGCCCCGGUGACGCUCGAGAAUUUGCCCGAGCACAUGGCCAGGCGCGCGCUGGACGAGCUGCUGUUGGACGUGCGCGAGGAGACCCUCGCGUUAUGGCGGGGCCUCCACUCCAUCCCGCAUGUAAAGGUGCCGCGCCUCGCCAGGGAGGCGCGCUCCAGCAAGCGCCUGCGGCAGUGCGUCGAGGACGAGGAGGAGGCACGGCUGCGGAAGCGGCUGCGGACGGCGGACGCCGGCCAGGCCUCUGCUUCCACCCCGCCGCGCGCGCCGCUCCCCGUAGGCGCGGCCACCGCUGGCCCCGCCGCCCCCGCGCCAGCGGCGGCGCAUGGCGACCUGGGGCCCUCUGGGGACGCUGGCGCGCCCGCCGCUGCGCCGUGGGCCUCGGCGCCGCCGCCCAGCUCGAGCGCCGCGGCCGCGCCGCUGCUACGGCGCGCUGCCCGCGCGUCCGCCGCCGGCCCGCACGCCUUCGCGCCGGGGUCGGCGCCUGAUGGCCUUGGCUCUCUGGGCGAGCUCGGAGAACAGGCCGCCACGCCGUGGGCAGCCACACUGCCGCCCUCCGGCCUGGGCGCCCCGCCGUCGUCUUCAUGCUCAUCUUCGCCAUGCGCUACAUUUACCCACCGGUCGGGGGCGACCUGCAGGCGCGGCUGCGCCAGGAGGUCAAGAAGGUGGCGCGCCGCCAGAGAGCCCACAGGCCAAGCGGCGGCGCCUCGCUUUCGAGCCUAGUCCACUCCAGCAGAGGAUCGCUGGCGAUCCAGAGGUCCCCGUCGAGCAAUGGAUGGAGCUGACUGAAGUCGAAAUCGACGACGAGACUCUUGCAAAGGAAGGGUCGGAGACGUUGGACUGGUUCUGGGCGCACGCCGCUGCCCUGAGCGCCGAGGGGCGGGCCGCCCUCCUGGAGUGGAUCACCGGAUUCCAGCGGCUGCCACCAGGCUCUAGGCUUCCCAGAUGAGGCUUCUACAGGCGGCUUCCCUCCCCCGCAUAGGAAAAUGACCAUCAGGCUGACCAGCUCCGUGGAGAGCCUGCCAGUAGCGCACACCUGCACCUUGCAGCUGGAUUUGCCCGUCAGGUAUGGCUCAGCGCAGACGCUACUGAGAAAGUUGUCUCAGGCGGUGGAGCAGAAGCAUUUCCAUUUGGCAUGAGCCUGUCGGCAUGACCUCAGCCAGGGACCCGUGGAUUCAGGGCAUCUCGUAGCGGAAACCAGAGCAUAGUUCUCGCGUCUACAGAUGCAUCUAUUGCACGGCGCAAGCUUGCUCGCGGGCGUU